CGUACGAGUGACACCAGACGUGUUUUCCUACCACGCCAGUGACGCCAAAAACCCUACAACAACAACAAUAAUAAUAUUAAUAAAAAAAAAACAGUUCACCACGAACAGCCAGUGACAGUUGUGCAAUAAUAACGUAUUUGUUCAGUGUACAAAGUUGUGUGUGGAAACGAAACGAUGACCACCAGCGUGUACAAACCCAUCGAUUUCGGUCUGUCGCGGACCGUCGACAAGAAAAUGUUCUGCAGGCCGGGCAUCCAGCGCGUGAAGCGCGCCCUAUUCGAGGUCGACCACGAGGCGACCAAGAAGUUCAUCAAGGAGGAGUUCGAGAAGAUCGCCGUCACCGAGUCCGAGAGAUGGAACUUCGAUUUUAAGCGCGAACGCACCCUCAAUCCCGACGGCAACCUGAUCUGGUACCCGGUCGCGCCGCAAAUCGACACCAGACCGACGAAGAGGACGUUCGCGCCCCGCGAAUUCGUCAACGAAUUGUACGCACAACCCGACAACAUCAUCAGACCAAAGGCUGUGAAACUGAAUCAAACAACAGACAGAGAGGACAACAACAAUUUGACGAAAACGCCGAACGUGUCGCAGCAGAAAUCAAUCAAAGAUUUCUUGCCGGUCAAGAGACAGAUACCGACGGAGUCGAAAAAGACUUCGGAGUGGACACCGGCACACCCGACAAAGAAAAUCAAAAUAGGAGAUAGUUAAAAACACCCCGAAACCCUUCCCCCACUCAUUGAUACAAAUUGUCGAUCUCUAAAAAAUUUAUUAAUAUUAUAAAAUCAUUGUAAAGUACAAUUUUAAGUUUUGUUUCAUAAAGUUUUUUAUUAAUUGUAAGUUUUUGUACAGUUUUAGUACUAUUUUGUACUAUAUGUAUUUAUUUAAUUAAUUUGAUCUCCAAAAUCUUUCAAUUAUGUUUUUUUUUGUUGGGAAAACCACGCAAGUUUUAUAUGCUUGGAUAUUUUCAAAUGAUUGUUGGCGUCGAAUUGGUCAUUAUGAAAAUGUGAUGAAUUUAUUCUGUAUGUCCAAUUUUAAUUUUUAAUAUGUACUUCGCCAUCCGAAUUACGUAUCAAAGAUGACGCGGACCCAUCGAAUAGUGCAAUUAUUCUGCUGUAAACAUCACUUAAAAAAGUUAACGCAGCGGAAACUUGUAAAUAGUAAACCCUCCCCAUUUUUGUAAAUAUCCAAGCAUUGCUGAACGGUAUGAAGUUUGUUUUUGAUUAUUUUUGGUUUGUAAAUUUUGAAAAAACUUGUCAUGUGAUACUUAGGUACAAAUAUAAAGUUUAACAGUGGUGGAAGUUGGGACAGAUCUUAAUGGUAUUCCUUCAACUUUUCUAUUUUGAUAAAAAUUUACAGCCCAAAGAAAUUUCGUACAAAAUCGUUUAUUUUUUUCAAAAUUAAUUUAUUGUGUUUUAGAAGCGGCCUAGGUAUUUUUUUGUCUGUUUUGAUUGAUUUUUUGUCCUCUGGUAGGUUUAUUUUUUUUGAUAGGGCUUUUUGUGUAAUUGUUUAAGGGUUUUUAGACAAAUCGAUAAGCCAGGGUUGCUUAGAUCUCUGUUGUUUCUGCUUUUCUAUGAAGAUUUUGAGAUAAUUAAAUACAUAAUAUAUAUUUAUAACAUCUGUGAUGUAUUAAAAUAUGAUCUCAAAAUAUAAUUUUUAUAUAUUAAUAUAUAAAUGCUAAGAUCAUGUUAUGUUGGUGGUUAUAGUAUACACUUUUUAAUCGCCUACAAGGUAGAUUGAACCUUGUGGUAUCACAUUUUCUCCAACUUAAUGUCGUCUUACAAUCAGAUUAAAUAUAGAUUUGUAAAAUUGUUGUAAAAAAUAACAUAAAAGUAUAUAGGAAGUUUUUUAUAAAGCUUCUUUUUGUUAAUGUA